AUGACGAAGCUUCUCCAAUCUUCCAUGUUUCUGCUUCCACUCUCAAUAACGAAGAAAUUCGCAUUUUCUUCUUCUCCAGUUUUGCUGCAAGCUCCCAAAAGAACUCGGACAAUCUCUACCAAAAUGUCCAUCGCGUCACCGUCGCAAUUGACUCACACUAUCAACUUGACGAGUCAACCCGCUGAACCUGUCCGAGUAGUCGCUGCUCCUGGUAUCUCUGAUUCCGAUUUCAGGAAUGCUAUUGAAUCCUCUUUGUUCAAGCGGUGGUUGAAGAACAUACAAAGUGCGACAGGGCUUUUGGCUGACGGAGCUAUGACUUUGGAGCAAGUACUUAUUCAGGGUGUGGAUAUGUUUGGGAAACGUGUUGGCUUUGUCAAGUUCAAAGCAGAUGUUCUUGACAAGAAAACGGGCAAAAAGGUUCCAGGUAUUGUGUUUGCACGAGGACCUGCUGUAGCCGUGCUAAUCCUUUUGGACUCCAAGGGCAAGACUUAUGCUGUGCUUACUGAGCAGGUUAGGGUUCCAGUUGGGAGGCUUCUUUUGGAAUUGCCGGCUGGAAUGCUGGAUGAUGACACGGGUGAUUUUGUUGGAACAGCAGUGCGCGAGGUUGAAGAGGAGACUGGCAUACACUUGAAGAUAGAUGAUAUGAUUGACCUCACAGCCUUUCUAGACCCAGCGACUGGAUGUAGAGUUUUUCCUUCUCCAGGCGGGUGCGACGAAGACAUUAGUUUGUUUCUAUACAGAGGACAUGCUAGUAAAGAAGUUAUAACACAGCUUCAAGGGAAAGAGACGGGUCUUCGGGAUCAUGGUGAACUUAUUAAAGUGCAUGUAGUUCUCUAUGAGAGACUCUGGCGCAUGACUUCUGAUGCAAAAGUUUUGAUGGCCAUUGCCUUAUAUGAAAUGGCUAAUAGACAAGAGCUGCUGCCUACUCAGAGAAGGUGA